GCGCUGGCAUCCACUCAAAGUGUUUCUUGAAACUGACCGGGCGCGAAACGAAAUCCUAGAAUAUUCCCGAAAAAGCCAAAAGCGUAAAACGAUAACAAUAAGUGUAUCUGUGUGAUACGCAGUGCAAAUACAGUUUGUUUAAACCGACGAUUUAGCUGCUUCAAUCUAAGAAUGAAGUGCCAGUUGCUUUUCGUGGCCACCGUGUGCCUGGCCAGCGUUUGGGCGCUGCCAGUGCCCGACGAGGAGGUGGCCAUCCAGCCGGAUAGCGGCUCCAAGGCCGAGUUGCUGACCAAGACCGUGCUGACCACGGCCGCCGAGCCCGCCCCCUCGAAGACCGAGCCGGAGAAGCUGGCGGAGCCCAAGAUCGAGGCCAAGGCCGUCCCCGCCCCCGUUCCCGCCGCCGCUCAAGAGACCGCCGCUCCCGUCGCUCCGCUGACCACUGAGCCGGCCAAGGAGAUCACCAGCGUGGAGCUCAAGUCGAGUGCGCCGGACGUAGAGACCGCCCCAGCCAUUCCGGAGAAGAAGACCCUGCCCGAGGAGGCCAAGCCCGCCGCCCAGGAGAUCCCCGUGGAAGCCGAGAAGAAGCAGGAGAAGACGGCCCGCACGGAGGCGGAGCCCAGCGAGGUGCAGCCCCAGGCAACCAAGGCCAUUGAACUGGCUCCCGAGGCCCCAGCCGCCAAUGCCGAGGUGCAGAAGCAGGUGGUCGACGAGGUGAAGUCCCAGGAGCCCAAGAUUGACGCCAAGUCCGCCGAGGAGCCAGCGAUUCCCGCCGAAGUGCCCGCCGCCAAGGAGACAGCCGCCCCCGAGCAGCCCGCCCGCCAGGAGAGGAUCAACGAAAUCGAGCAGAAGGAGGCCAAGAAGGAGACUACCCCGGAGGAGCCCGCCAAGGCCGCCGAAGCCGCACCCACCGCCGUCCCGGAGCCGGCCAAGUCGGAGACCAACAUCCAGGUGAUUGCCCCCGAGAAGAAGUCCAUUGAGUCCGCCCCUGCUGUUGGUUCUACUGGUGCUGCUGCUUCUCCCGCCGCCCAGGCUGCCCAGGCCAAGUCGGGUGAGGCCCCCAAGCCCGUGGACCAGCAGAAGAACACCGAGACCGUCGCCGAGGCCGCUCCCGUCCUGAAGACCAAUGCCCCACUGGCCCCUGCCGGCGCCACCAAGGUGACGGAGCCCGUCAAGGAGCAGGAGAAGGAGAAGGAGCAGCCAGCCACCGAUAACGCCGCCAAGUCCUUGCCCGAGCAGAAGAAGGCGGAGGAGGCAGCAGCACCAGCAGCACCAGUGGCAGCCGGAGCUCCGGAGCCAGCCGCUGCCGUGCCCGAGGCCAAGAAGAUCGAUGAAGAACCAGUUGCCGAGCAGAAGAGCCCGGAAACCCUUGCCGAGCCCAAUGCCCAAGCUAAACCGGCCGAGCCAAAAAAGUCGUCGGAAGAGAAGUCGGACAAGUCCGACUCCAAGGUCGAUGACUCCUCGGAGUCCAAGGAGUCGGAGGAGAGCAGCGAAUCGAAGGAGAACUAGGGAUAGUAAGAGCUUUACACCUUCCACCUUGCCUUGCCUUCCCCCACCAGCAACACCAGCACCACUAGCACCACUAGCACCACUGGCACCACCAGAACCCCUCCAGACCAUCGCAAUCGCACCACUGCUACGCAUUGGCAGCGUCUUAAUAUUACGAUCGUAGUUAGUGGUAUCCUUAGUUGUAAAUGGAGCAGAACAAAAUGACACAACGCAGAAAUGACACAACCAUGAAUAUGAAGGGAGGAGCUGAAGAUGGCGCCCGGAACAAUAGAACCAAGUGGAUCGAAAGGGACCCACGCGUAGGCAUAACAAUUCAACACACACAAACAGGACAAACCGCUAAGAUGGCAUAAAGUAAUACUUAUAAUUAUAAUUUAAUUAAUGUAAUUUUAAUUAAAUCUUAGUCAUUGCAAGACAACAACCCUGCAACCGCAUCAACACCACUCAACCCCCUCCCCCCCACUCCCAACCCUUCACAAUCCCAGACCAGCCUGUCCAACUGUCCUUCUUAAAUAAUCCCUGAACGAAGCCAGCACUCGAGUAUCGCCUUCGAUACAUUAUAAAUGAAAAUCCUUUUUUUUUAUUUGAGUUCUAACAUAAUGAAACUACAUUUAAUAACGAUAGUGUUAUAACGUAUAUAUGAGAAGAAGUAUAUAUGAUUUUAUAUAGACUGAGAAAAUUCUUAAAUAAAAAUCGAAAAACUAAAA